CUCUUUUCAUUGGCCAAGAAGUCAGGUCGGGAACAUCCGUUACUGCCGCAUGCUCUUUCCAUUCGUUCAUUGAGUCCUGCUGCUGUGGGGAGGAAGAGUCGGAAUCUGAACAUUGAUCCAUCUUCAUUUAAAGUGUCUCUUAGGGACUCUCCGCCUGCACUCCCUCUACGGCCGCCUCCUUUGUGCUGACCAACUUUUGCACUCCAGACAACCAAGAACCAUGGCCCAGCAACAACAGAUUAGCCUUCCAGCCAAACUGAUCAAUGGAGGGAUUGCAGGCAUAGUAGGAGUCACCUGUGUGUUUCCAAUCGACCUGGCCAAGACCCGCCUGCAGAACCAGCGCAGCGGGCAGCAACUCUACAAGAACAUGAUGGAUUGCCUAAUAAAGACAGUUAAAUCUGAAGGCUACUUUGGCAUGUACAGAGGUGCUGCAGUAAAUCUCACCCUGGUAACCCCAGAGAAAGCCAUCAAACUAGCUGCUAAUGACUUCUUCCGCCACCAGUUGAGCAAAGAUGGUGGCAGGUUGACAGUGGUCAAGGAGAUGUUGGCAGGAUGCUGUGCAGGAAUGUGCCAGGUCAUUGUCACCACACCCAUGGAGAUGCUCAAGAUCCAGCUGCAGGAUGCUGGCAGGCUAGUGGCCCAGCAGAGGGUGAUGCCUUGUGUAGCAACAACUCUGAAGAUGGGGGGGACCAGUGCUGUUCUUAGCCGUUCAUACAACACCAGCCCUGCGUCUCAAGUCAUGCGAGUGUCCGCCACACAGAUCACCAGAGAACUGCUGAGGACCAAAGGAGUCCCAGGAUUGUACAGGGGACUUGGAGCCACAUUGAUGAGGGACAUCCCGUUCUCCGUUGUGUACUUCCCUCUUUUUGCACAUCUGCACCAGCUCGGCCAGCGUUCACCUGAAGACCCAUCUGUGCCCUUCUAUUGGUCCUUCAUGUCUGGCUGCUUGGCUGGAUCCAUUGCUGCUGUGACUGUCAGCCCUUGUGACGUGGUCAAGACAAGGCUACAAUCCCUCAAAAAAGGAGCAAAUGAAGAAACCUACAACGGAGUGGUGGACUGUGUCAGAAAGAUCCUGAGAAAGGAGGGCCCCGGAGCUUUCCUCAAGGGGGCCAGUUGCAGGGCCCUGGUUAUUGCACCACUCUUUGGCAUUGCCCAGGUUGUGUACUUUGUAGGAGUUGGAGAGUUCCUGCUGGGGUACACCCCCUACAACAUCUACUCUGUAUAAACAAGAUGUUUCCUAGUCUUUGUGCCGCCUCAUUAAAUUACAGGCCGCUAUGCCCUGGGCAUAGCCAUGGACCCAGCACUGUGUACCUUCUUUAUUGUUGGAGGCUUUCAGAGCUAAAGGGACCAGAGAGAUUCCAUUUUAUUUUUAACAAAAAGUGGUUUCAAAAUAUGCCUUUAGCAUGACUAUCUCUUAAGGAGUUGAUAGUCCAACAAUGAUCGCCAUUUCACCUAGAUCUGACUUGACUGUGCCAGUGGCACCAAACCUUUUCUCCCUGUUUCCUUAGAUUCAGCCCCCAUCCCUAAAAGCACGCUGUAUCAAUUACCCUUCACUGUAAUCUGUAUAUGUCCCCUCCAAAUGCCCCAUCUUGGCAAGCACUAGGUGAUGGCUAUUACAUGUUGUUGAAAACCCUUACUGUGUCAGGGAGCAUCUACUAAAUAAUGAGAAAGGCAGACUUGAAAUUUUACUUGAAUAGCUUCAAUCCUGUUGAAAGGGUUAAAUGAACCUUGGCCAUCGAUGUUGCUCUCUUUCUAGUGUAUUUGUUUUUGAAGCGGAUGUCAUUUGGUAAAUAAGUUCUCUCACAAACUGAUUGUCACAUGUUCUUCUAAACAACCUGGUUGGGGAAAAUAUCUGGAAAACAGAAGUGGGUCAUGGCUUAUGAAUGACUGAAACAUUUGGACUGCAUGUCCACUGGGAUGCCAUACAGGGAUUCUGUGUUGCAUUACUUUCUGUUACAAGGAGUGAUUUCUGGUGCUUCUGAAUUGGUUGGGCCCUUGUCUACGCUGCUUAAUAGUUGGUAACAAGACGGUAGCUGUCCAUAGGUGCUUUCUGGGGUUUAUUUUUCAGAACAAUUGUGGUUGACUGUACAUCUUUCUGUGGCAGCUUACACAACUCUGUUUUAUGUAACGUACAAGUUUGAACUCCAGAGCUAAACGGCUCAAUAAUGCCUUCUGCAGUUGACUUUGUUGAACUGCUAAUGUGGUGAUGGACAUGUUGUUUGACGGUGGUAAACUAGACUGAUGAUGGACAAGAUUUAUUUAUGGCAUUUGCUGUGCUUUUGGGACCAUGUCUACUAAAAAAAAGUGCAACACGGUUUACAUAUAGCCACUUUCUCUAAGUUGACUAUGGUUGUCUAUGACUGGUCAGGUAUCUUGUCAGAGAUACAGGCGCCCACUUGAAUGUAUCAUGUUGGGGAUUUAGCAGAGCAGAGUGCGAUGUAGGGUUGUGCACUAAUUUCAUGGGUCAAACUACUGUAACAAUUUUAACAAUGUAAAUAUUUAUCAUGUAUUUUUAAAAAUGUUCUCAAAUGGCAAGUUAAACUCAAGCAUUUCAACCAGUUGAGAAAAUUAUUGAAAAUUCAUUUUAGAAUUAUUAAUGAAUAUAAAUACGGAUUUCCAAAUGCUGAAUAAAUAUGUUUAAAUGCA